UAAAUUUUAAUGUGGUCCAGUUGGUCAUAAUUCAGAUUUUAUGUGUACUUUUAAAAACCUAGGCUUGAGAGAUAGUAGUGCAAAUAAGCUCUGUCCCCAGGUACCUGGCCCACACUGAGCACAGCUGGAUAUUCUAUACUCCUGUUUCAUAGGCAGAUGUUUACUGAUGGCAUCUAUCCUGCUCUGCUGGGAUCGAACGCAGGGGCCCACACUCAAUAAGUGAGAAUACCACCACUGGACCACAGACCCUGUCUAUACUGCUCUUUUAUGUCAAACACACUCCUGAUUCUUUCAUCCUUCCUUGUGUCUGGAAUGUCCUUCAUAGCUCCCUCAUGUCUAUGAUCCGGAAACGAUCCCACCCCAGUGGCAGUAGCGCUAAGAAAGAAAAGGCGACUCAACCAGAAACAGCUGAGGAAGUCACAGACCUGAAGAGACAAGCAGUGGAAGAGAUGAUGGACAGAAUUAAAAAGGGAGUUCAUCUUAGACCAGUUAACCAGACCGCCAGACCCAAGACAAAGCCAGACUCCUUAAAGGGCUCAGAAAGCGCAGUGGAUGAGCUGAAGGGAAUACUGGGGACACUUAACAAAUCCACUAGUUCGAGAAGCUUAAAAUCCCUUGGCCCUGAGAACAGUGAAACUGAGUUAGAGAGGAUUUUACGUCGCAGAAAGGUGACCGCAGAAGCAGAUAGCAGUAGUCCUACCGGGAUAUUAGCCACCUCAGAGUCCAAAUCCAUGCCAGUGUUGGGUUCUGUAUCCAGUGUAACAAAAACAGCCUUGAACAAGAAAACUCUGGAGGCAGAAUUCAACAGCCCGUGUCCCCUAACACCUGAGCCAGGUGAAGGGCCCCGUAAAUUGGAAGGAUGCACGAAUUCCAAGGUUACGUUUCAGUAAGUAACAACACUCUUUAUUAAGUAGAAUGUAGACAAAUCUGUAAUGACUAAUAUGCAUUUCUUUGAUCUGUUGCUCUUCAGAAAGACUUUGAGGUGGCCUGCCAAUCCCCCUUCCCUCUCCUUUGAGUCAGCUUCUGCUUCUAGGCUCCCAGUUUGGUGAUUUCCUUCAGCUCCAAAGUAAAUAACCAUACCUGCUGAACUGGUUAGCCAUUGGGUUCUCCUCCUUCACAAAGAUUUGACCUGGCUGAUACUUCUGCACCGGAAGACACCUGUCUUUAGGCUGUCACUCUUAACGGCUCCCUAACCUGAAGAAGAUAUUAGAUCUUUCCCAACUCCUUUGGAGUCUGCAUUUGUAUAGCCUCGCUUUCUGGCCCUUGGAAGAUGUGCCUUCAUCCUGUUCUUUCUAGAGACUGACUGUGCCACAUAGAGGGUUCUCUAUAGAGACCAACUUCCAAGUGGCACUUUGUCAGGGUUAAUCCUACUAUUGACCAUGUUGCAGACCAGUGUGGUAGAGGAUCAAUUUGUUUUAUAGCAAUAGCAAGCUCCAUUUGAAAUUAGUCUACACUUGUGCACUAAUUCUCUUGCCAAGAUGUCAGCUAGACUGUCACUUAAUGAAAAGGAAGAGGUGAGGCCAAUCAGAUCAGCUGAAUCUUGUAAUCACAGUUAAUUAAACCUCUGAUUUCCUGUUCUGUCAGGAGAGAAAGAGCCCCCCCUUUGUAGUUUCAGCUGUCUUAGCUUAAAAGGUGAAACCUGGACAAAUGAAGUUGAAAUUCAAUUUGGAUCUAUUUUUGCCAACUGGUAUUUUCUUCCUCCAUGCGCUCUCUCACUGGGGCUGUUGAGAAUCCCCCAUCUCCUUUGGAAUGAAUAGCCUUCCUUGCUGACUUACAGUCUUAUCUAAUUUCAUUGUGGUUUUUCAAAGCAUGUCUUCUCCCAGUCCUGUUGCCUUCCUUUGCCAGGAGCUGUUUGCACAUCUCCCAGAAAGAUGAUCCAUAUUCAUUCUUUGCCUUUGCUAUUAAGUUUGUUUAACACCUAAUUUGACAUCAGCAAUCUGGCAGCAUUUGAACCAAUAUCCAGACACAAAAGCAAUUUGGCAGAUCCAAGUUAGUUUCUGAGAAAUGCUUCAGUAUGUGUGUAUAGAUUUUUCCCCCUUCACCAUUUUGCACAGAUAAUCUUAAUCAGAAAAUACUGCUCUCCUUCCCUCCCUUUGUCUGCCUUUUAUUCUCCAAAAGUAAGUGGAAAUUACAUUUCCAAGAAAGGAAAUGAAAUAAUUGCAGGCCCAGGGUCUGCAAAAUGCAUGUUGAAUUGACAGCGAAAAGGAUCAGUGUGUUGACAGAGAGAUGUUAGAUGCCAGGAAGGCCGAUGUGGAACUCAAUUUAUUUCUCAUCUUGCUUGUUCAAUGACUGCUUAAGAGACACAUUGCAACUUAAUUUAUCUACUUAAAGCACUAAUCUAAGUAUUAUGUGUGGCUGUAUUAACUUUUCAACUUUGUAACCCAAUGCUGUGUCUUCCAUUCUUGAAUUGUUUAGCCGAGAUAACCGGUGCCAUGUGUUUUCACAUUGACAGUUAUUUAAGAAGUCAGAGCGCCCUUUUCUG